AUGGAGGGUGGGCCCCUCGAGAGUCGCACGCAACAACCCCGCGUAACUGUUUGCGUGACACACGUCAACGUCCAACAACACAUGAAUCCACACCGCCACGUCAUCUCAUGUCAAAGCAAAACAAAGUCGCCAAUAGAAGUCAUCCAUAGAAAAUUAGAAAGAGGCGGCUUCAUCGGCGCACAAGUGGAAGGUGUGCUUGACUUAGAACUCUUUGACUAG